GUAGUAUGUACACGCGCUGCAUUAUCGUGCGGCAGGAUGAUUUCAUUGGCUAGCCCAAGGCGCUGAACAUCUGCUUCGGGGGCGCGUAUGGAGUAGGCUUCAUCUUCGCAAGCAAUGGUUGCGGAGGGGUCUUGUCUUGUAGUAAAGACAUAUGUAAGGUUUAUCGAAAUGUUUUUAGGACAUCGUACGUCAACUCCCACUUAUGACCAAUUACCUAGCCUAAGAUUUUGCAUGGACCACAGCAUACGUCAGGAUUUGGGCUUUAUCGGUGGCGAGAAGUAUGUUCUUUAAUAAUUUGCGGCUGAAUAUCGUACUUUAUUAAAGUAGUCAGAUUAUGAUGUCUGGAACUAACGUGAACGGUUUGCUGUCGUCGACAUCUGUGGUGUCAACCCUUUAAGUUUCUAAAGGGGGGGGUCAAAGGAGUCACUGCACACCCCCGCAACUCCUGACAGGACCGCCACAGCGCGCGGGGCGGUUUGUCUGUACUUGGUGGACGACCUCCCCAUUCCGAACGACCUGGUGUUCUGCGCGAGCGAAUUCAGCUCGAACCGCGGAGGUGUUCGUGCCAUUGAUUCCGCGCAUUGAGAGAUCUGUGUUGCAAUGAUUCCGAUGUGACGCUGUAGAAGGAGAUCGGUCCAGUGUCCGCUUUUCUGUGAACCACCCAGAACACACACAGCAAGCUCGCGGAAAUUUUUGAACUUGGGGAGCAACAAAAACAUGUCGGUCGUGAUUUCAGUACGCCUACUCCCGUUCUGCGCUCUUCUCUCUGUGGUUUUAGGCGUGCUGCCUGGACACUCUGACUGUGUGAUUAAGAGGGAACAGGAGAAAUGCAUGGAGAAGAUUGCCCAUGAUGAGCCCUCCGACGAUCUGGAGUACAGGUGUCCGUGGAUGUGGGAUAACCUCACCUGCUGGCAGUCUGCUGCUGUGGGAGAGGUGGUGGUGGUCAGCUGCCCAGAGCUGUUUGAGUUUAUGAGACCCGAUGAUGAGCUGGGGAGGAUUAGCAGGAACUGCACCGAGGAGGGCUGGUCUGAGACCUUUCCCCACUACUUUGACGCCUGUAUGUUUGAUGACAACGCCACCAAGCCUGAUAUGUACUAUGCAUCAGUCAAAGCCCUGUACACUGUGGGCUACAGCACCUCUCUGGUUUCCCUGACGACAGCAAUGGUCAUUCUCUGCAGAUUCCGGAAACUUCACUGCACCAGGAACUUCAUCCACAUGAACCUGUUUGUGUCGUUCAUCCUGAGAGCAAUAUCCGUCUUCAUAAAGGACGGGGUGCUCUAUGCUGAGGAGGACAGCGAUCACUGCUUCAUACACACUGUGGCGUGUAAGUCAGUGAUGGUGUUCUUCCACUACUGCGUCAUGUCCAACUACUUCUGGCUGUUCAUUGAGGGGCUGUACCUCUUCACCCUGCUGGUGGAGACCUUCUUCCCCGAGCGGAGAUACUUCUACUGGUACACCAUCAUCGGUUGGGGGACGCCCACCGUCUGCGUGUCCAUCUGGGCUGUGCUCCGGCUUCACUUCGACGACUCGGGGUGCUGGGAUAUGAAUGACAACACUGCCCUCUGGUGGGUGAUCAAAGGACCUGUAGUGGCCUCAAUAAUGAUUAACUUUGUCCUCUUUAUUGGAAUCAUAAUCAUCCUGGUGCAGAAGCUUCAGUCCCCAGAUAUCGGAGGCAAUGAAUCGAGCAUCUACUUCUGUGUGCAGAAAUGCUUCUGUGAGCCCUCGCAGGCGGACCACCACCCCUGCAAGAUGUCUGAGCUGUCCAUCAUAACACUGAGGCUGGCCCGGUCCACUCUUCUCCUCAUCCCCCUGUUUGGGAUCCACUACACGGUGUUCGCCUUCUCCCCCGAGGACGUCAGCAAGCGGGAGAGGCUGGUGUUUGAGCUGGGCCUGGGCUCUUUCCAGGGGUUUGUCGUGGCCGUCCUGUACUGCUUCCUGAAUGGAGAGUUUCUCCCUGAAGGUGCAGUCGGAGAUAAAGAGGAAAUGGCGGAGCUGGACCGUAAACCGGUACUUUGCUGUGGACCUGAAGCACCGGCACCCCUCGCUGGCCAGCAGUGGGGUGAACGGGGGGACGCAGCUGUCCAUACUGAGCAAGAGCAGCUCCCAAGUCCGCAUGUCCAGCCUGCAGGCCGAGAACCUGAACCUCAACCUGCCCACCUGAGUGUGUGAACACCUGGGUCUCCUAGUGCUCCGCCCACCCAGCCCAGCCCCACCCCCAGCCCCGCCCACCCCAGCCCCCCACCGCCACCGACAACCAGAAUCUGACCAGAACCUGACCCGAAACUGCACCGCAGGAGUGUCCAAAGUCUCUGGGUCCUCUCAGAACCUCCACACAGAAACAGGCAGAGAACAAGUGUGCCUGCAAACAUGAGACAAAUUAUUCAAAACAAAACAAACAAAAAAACGCAUUGAACAACUUGAUAGCUUACUGUAGCUAUUGUACUUGUAUAUGCCGCAAAAGUGCUGUGGCUGUACCUGCUAUAUAUUUUGUCCUUGUAUUGUCUGGGGAGAAAGAAAAAAAGGCAAAAAAACAACUUCCCCCCCCCCCACCCCCAAAAGUCAAGUUUCUGGUCAGGUUGCUGCUUUUGUGUGUUCUUGAGAAGUGGCAGUAGAAAGUGCGUUUUUAAAAAGUGCUUUUCUGUCAUGUAAUUUUUGCCUCUAGCAUCGCAGUUUCCCGCAGUUCGUGGUUAUGUAUGAAAGGAACGUACGAUUCCUCGGCGUGAACACGUUUGACCCAAUCAGGAAAGGAAAGCCGAAAAUUUCCUGCAUAAAUUAAUCGAUCGGGCCAAUCAGGCCAGUUUGGCUCUGGGGGAAAACGCAGUGUAAAUAUCCGUCAUAACGCUCAAGAAUUACGCUUGCCGUCGCAUUUUUAAAUAAUAGUGUUCGUAGAGUUUUAUAAACGCUGUUACUUAAAACAGAAGUAGUGUUUUCUCCUCUCUGGGACACAGGAAGGCGCCGAUCGGGGGACUGACCAUGGGCACAUUUUUGUCCCAAAAGCGACAUCUUCGAAAAGACAAAACUUGACAGGUUGACAAUCAUGAAUCGUAAAAAAAAAAAACCUCUGUUUGCUAUCAAAGAGUGAAAAUAUUCACAUUCCGCAUGUUUGAUAAACAUCAGAACACACCCCGUUUGAGGGAAGCCUGUGAUUGGAGAGAUUGAUGGGAUAUCUGUGGACACUGAAAUGUGUGGCCAAUCCGUUCAUUCGUAGCUUAAUCAGGUUUCGUUACGAGCUUGAUGUGUGUGGAAAUGUCUUCAAUGAGCAAAUGAUAAUGGUAAUCAUGCUUUUUGUAAAUGCUUAUCUUUUACUAUUGUAAAUUUUAUAGUGUUAAACAGCCAAUAGUACAGAAUAUGUCAAUUAUGAAAACACCUCAUGGGCGACUCCUGUGUAUUAUUAUUAUUAUUAUUAUUAUUAUUAUUAUUAUUAUAGCUGAAAUUUCUUACGCAUUUCCAUACAAUUAUUGUGAUGCUCUGAAUUGUAAUUGAAAAUGUAAGUAUAUAUACAGUAUAUACAUAUACUGGAGUCCAGAUCUGUAGAGUCUUAUAUUUCCAAAAUAAAUGUAUAUGAAAAAUGUAUUUAGAUAUAGGCUGGUGCUGCUAUGUAGACAAUAACUAAGUCAAGAAGUAGCCUGUUAGCUUAAUUUUAACGUCUACUUUCUUUAAAUACAAUUAAGUAUUAAGUACAUAUUUGUUGUGUACGUAUUGAUUUAAGAACCAUAGAUAUAAAAAAAAAAGAUGUAAUAUUUUUUUUAAUGGCCUCCCAGCCAUUUCGUUCAUGUGCAUUUUUAUGAAGCUGAGUUCUUUUUUAAUUGCUGCUCCACUGAACUCUGUUUACUGGAAGUGUUCAUAUAAGCUUCAGGCUGAUUCAUACUUCGCCACACAACGCUUUCGACAGACGUUAGCUUUCGCGGUCCGUGUUUCAGCCAUCCAGCCAAAAUAUUCCAAAGAUCGCUGAUUCUGUGAAAGCGUUUUCUGAGCAGCCUGGGCCACAGACGCGAUCCGCUUCUUCUGAUGUCAAGAGCAGUUCCUCUCCUUUAACAGGACGGUUAUCUUCAACCCCAAAAAGUGCCUUUCAGUCACAGUAACAAAGACCACAACAAGUGGUGUUUAACUAUUAUUAAGCAAGAAAUUAUAUCAAUUUUGUGUUUUCAUAAUUCCCGAAAGAGGAGCCUGCAGUUUUUUUUUAAGAAAGAAUUUUAGUAAAAAGUGCUUUUAUUUGGUCAACUUAACCAAGAGGCCUUUGAUGCAUUUUCGCUUGUAAAAAUAGAAUUUUGACCCCCGUUUAUCUAAUUAAACUAGAGCUGAUGGGAGUAUUGCAGCUGGACUUCAUUCACUCUUUCUUACUUGGAUAGGCCUGCUAAUACAGAAAAACCAUUAUUUCAAUUCAGUUGUAAAAAAACAAAACAUAAAAAAACAUGCAGAGUCCGUACUAAAUAUCUAUAUCACUCGUUUUCAUAACAAUAUUUUAUUUUAGCUCAUAAUUGUUAAAGUAUGGUGACUAAAUUCACAUUUAUAUUUAUAUUAAAAAGAUCCUAGUUUUUUAAUUAACAUAAUUCAUAAAGACAACCAUAGCCUACUGUCAUUAGGUUUACUUUUAUUAAUUGCGCUGUACAAAUAGCAUGCUUUUAAAAAAGUUUCAUACAAUUAAGCGUGAGGUGCGCAUUAGGGAAGAAGUAACACAUAUUGUUUUUGCCGGUACUGUGUGUACAUAUACAGUAAUGUGAUUUAAAUCAUUACUGCUUAUAUAAUUUCGAAAAUUAGAAUACUUUAAAAAACCUGUACCGUGCCUCCCAACCCAGCCCCCCGUCCUCCCCCCCACCACACACACACACACACACACACACACCAUUGUUGAUGUCAAAAUUAAGGGUGCAAAAUAUCCUUCUUUAUGACGAUCAUUUUUAAAGCAAGUCUAUUAUGAAAAAUAAGUGCUUCAAUAUGAUAUUUUUGCUGUCCAGUUACAGCAAAGCUUUGAUGUAAUAAGCUUCUAUUGCAGUAUUUUCUAAAUGGAGUGAUCCUUUCGUAGACGCAAGUGAAUAGUUGUGUAUCUAAACUCAGUGCUGGACAUGUUUCGAUAACGGUAUUGUAAAUGUGAAGCUUAUAUUGUGACCUAUUUUGUGUGGAAUAAAUCCUGUCCUAAUGGACGGUUUCCUUGGAAACACAAGAUGCCAUCAGAAAUGUUGCCCAGGCAAUCCUGAAAAGAGCUAAUGUGUACAUUUCAGAAAGAUGCAGCUAACUCUACAUCAGCGGUCGGAUAUGAUUGGCUGGGCAGGUUAAAGUGGGCAUGUUUUCCUCAGGUUACUGUUAUGCUGGUUCCCUCAAAUGACACAUUAUGCACCCCCAGAUUCCCCAUUUUCAUCAGGGAGAGACUCAGUCUGCCUGCAGUCCAAUUAGCACUGGCCCUCCUGUAGUACUGGGUGGGUCAUAGAGUGUGAAGUAGUCAGUGGCUCUCCUGUAGUACUGUGUGGCCUGUAGGGUGUGAAAUAGUCAGUGGCUCUCCUGUAGUACUGUGUGGCCUGUAGGGUGUGAAAUAGUCAGUGGCUCUCCUGUAGUACUGUGUGGCCUGUAGGGUGUGAAAUAGUCAGUGGCUCUCCUGUAGUACUGUGUGGCCUGUAGGGUGUGAAAUAGUCAGUGGCUCUCCUGUAGUACUACGUGGCCUGUAGGGUGUGAAAUAGUCAGUGGCUCUCCUGUAGUACUAUGUGGCCUGUAGGGUGUGAAAUAGUCGGUGGCUCUCCUGUAGUACUGUGUGGCCUGUAGGGUGUGAAAUAGUCAGUGGCUCUCCUGUAGUACUGUGUGGCCUGUAGGGUGUUAAAUAGUCAGUGGCUCUCCUGUAGUACUGUGUGGGCCAUAGAGUGUAAAAUGGUCAGUGGUUCUCCUGUAGUACUGUGUGGCUUGUAGAGUGUAUAACCUUAAUUGGCUGUCCUGUAGUACUGUAUAGGUUGUAGGGUGGAAAAUAGUCACUGGUGCUCCUGUAGUAUUGUGGCCUGUAGGGUGUCAAAUAGUCAUUAGUUCUCCAGUAGUAUUGUGUAGGCCAUAGGAUGUAAAUAGUCAUUAGUUCUCAAGUAGUAAUGUGUAGGCCAUAGGAUGUAAAUAUUAUUAGCUCUCCUGUAGUAUUGUGUGGGCUAUAGGGUGUAAAAUAGUCAUUAGCUUUCCUGUAGUACUACGUGGGUCCUAUGGUGUAAAAUAGUCAUUAGCUCUCCUGUAGUACUGUGUGGCCUGUAGCAUGCAAAAUAGUCACUAAUUCAGUUGUAGUACUGUUUGAACUGUAGGAUGUAAAAUAUUCACUGACUCUCUUAUAAUACUGUUUAGCCUGCAAAAUAGUCGCUGGCUCUCUCAUAGUCUUGUUUGGCCUAUAGAGUGUAGAAUAGUCACUGGCUCUCCAGCAGUAGUGAUUAGCCUGUAGGGUGUAAAAUAGUCACUGGCUCUCCUGUAGUACUGUGUGUGCUGUAGAGUCACUGGAACUCCUGUAGUACUGUGUGGUCUAUAGAGUCACUGGCUCUCCUGUAGUACUGUGUGGGCUGUAGAGUCACUGGCUGUUCUGUGGUACUGUGUGUGCUGUAGAGUCACUGGCUCUCCUAUAGUACUGUGUGGGCUGUAGAGUCACUGGCUCUCCUGUAGUACUGUGUGUGCGCUGUAGAGUUGCUGGCUCUCCUGUAGUACUGUGUGGUCUGUAGAGUCGCUGGCUCUCCUGUAGUACUGUGUGGUUGAUAGAGUCGCUGGCUCUCCUGUAGUACUGUGUGGUUGAUAGAGUCGCUGGCUCUCCUGUAGUACUGUGUGGUCGAUAGAGUCGCUGGCUCGUGCGUGAGUGUAUCGGAGGGGUGCGGAUGCUUUAGCAUAACAGUAACACUGAAGCCCCAGCUGCCGGUUGCACACUGGGGAGACAUUUUUCAGCUUGUGCAGAAAGAGGUGCAGCCCCUAAUACAGAGGGGCCCAUUGAACGCGUGUAUCUGAGGAGACCUAGAUGAAUGUAUCGGCUGCAGUCUGUAAAAAUAUCUGAUGAGUCUUUAUUACCAUAUAAAGGGUGGGUGUGUCGGGGAGGGGGGAGGGGGGCUGAGUGUUUUCAGUAAGAGGAAGAGCAAAUCCCAGCAGGUCCAUAAAUAGAUGUUGUCUGCAUGAACAGAAAAGACUAGUCUUGUGCGUCCUUGUUGCUUUCGUCCUUCUUGUGGUUAAACACCAGCAGUCAUUCCAGGUCUAAAACCGUGGACAAAACGACCAUGUCUCAAAGCUGUUAAAAUGUGUGAAAGCUUUCGUAAGUUUUCUCUCUUGUUGCUUCAGGGGUUGAGGGUGGGGGGAGGAGGGGCGUUUCAGUUGUUUGUGCGGGGGUGGGUGUUUUGGUUGCGGUGGGGGGGGGGGGGUGUCACUUCAUUCAGUCACUUUCUAUUCUUAUUUUCUUCUUUAAAAAAAAAAAAAAAAAACGUCCUGCGUGCAUAUAAACAA